AUGAGAGAAGUCAUCAGUCUGAACGUCGGCCAGGCCGGUUGCCAGAUCGCAAACUCUUGCUGGGAGCUCUACUGCCUCGAGCACGGCAUCCAGCCCGAUGGUUUCCUCACCGAGGAGCGCAAGGCCCUGAACGACGACCACGGCUUCAGCACCUUCUUCUCCGAGACUGGCCAGGGCAAGUAUGUCCCCCGUACCAUCUACGCCGAUCUUGAGCCCAACGUCGUCGACGAGGUCCGCACCGGCCCUUACCGCUCCCUCUUCCACCCCGAGCAGAUGAUCACAGGCAAGGAGGAUGCCUCGAACAACUACGCCCGUGGCCACUACACCGUCGGAAAGGAGCUCAUCGACCAGGUCCUCGACAAGGUCCGCCGCGUCGCCGACAACUGCUCCGGUCUGCAAGGUUUCCUCGUCUUCCACUCCUUCGGUGGAGGAACUGGAUCUGGUUUCGGCGCCCUGCUCAUGGAGCGUCUGUCCGUCGACUACGGCAAGAAGUGCAAGCUCGAGUUCUGUGUCUACCCAGCGCCCCAGGUCGCCACAUCGGUCGUCGAGCCAUACAACUCCAUCCUGACCACCCACACCACACUCGAGCACUCCGACUGCUCCUUCAUGGUUGACAACGAGGCCAUCUACGACAUCUGCCGAAGGAACCUCGGUAUCGAGCGCCCCAACUACGAGAACCUCAACCGUCUCAUUGCCCAGGUCGUCUCGUCCAUUACCGCCUCCCUCCGAUUCGACGGUUCCCUCAACGUCGACCUGAACGAGUUCCAGACCAACUUGGUCCCCUACCCUCGUAUUCACUUCCCUCUCGUCGCCUAUGCUCCCGUCAUCUCCGCCGCCAAGGCCGCACACGAGGCCAACUCGGUCAUGGAGAUCACCAACGCCUGCUUCGAGCCCAACAACCAGAUGGUCAAGUGCGAUCCUCGCAACGGAAAGUACAUGGCCACCUGCCUGUUGUACCGUGGUGACGUUGUUCCCAAGGACACCCACGCUGCCAUUGCCCAGGUCAAGACCAAGCGCACCGUCCAGUUCGUUGACUGGUGCCCUACCGGUUUCAAGGUUGGUAUCUGCUACCAGCCCCCCCAGAUGGUCCCCAACGGUGACCUCGCCGCUGUCAACCGCGCUGUCUGCAUGUUGUCCAACACCACGGCCAUUAGCGAGGCCUGGUCUGCUCUCUCGCACAAGUUCGACCUCAUGUACAGCAAGCGUGCCUUCGUCCACUGGUACGUUGGUGAGGGUAUGGAGGAGGGUGAAUUCUCCGAGGCUCGUGAAGAUCUCGCUGCCUUGGAGCGCGAUUACGAAGAGGUCGCAGCUGACUCCCUCGGGGAUGAUGAGGGUGUUGAGGCAGAGUACUAG